AUGGCAUCAGCGGCAGUCCAAGCUCCCCAGGUGCCUUCCGGACCACCAGGCCAGCCCGAUAUCGGCUAUGCCCCGAACUACGGCAAGUUCCUGGCCCGGGGCGAGCGCCGCCACAAGACUGAGAAUCUCGCCAAGACCCUUCCGCCCGGAUUCCCCCAGGAACUGAAGUCGGACCUGGUCUGGGACGGCAACGAGCUUGCCAAGACCUACGACUGGAACUACAGGCUCUCCGAGGAAGACGUGGAGGAGAUCGAGGCUGCUCUGAAGCACUUCAAAGAACUGCAAAAACCCCUGGGGUACAUCAGCCAGGAGACUUUCCCCCUGCCCAAGCUGCACAGCACGCUGCGGGAAAUCUCCAAGGAGCUGCACCUCGGGCACGGCUUCAAGGUGGUACGCGGCGUGCCGGUGACCAAGCACACACGCGAGGACAACGUGAUCAUCUACGCGGGCAUCUCGGCGCACAUCGCGCCGGUGCGCGCGCGGCAAGACAGCACAUUCCAGGGCGCCCCAGCCGACGUGGUGCUCGCGCACAUCAAGGACCUGACGGCCAACGUCGACACCAGCAACAUCGGCGCGCCGGCCUACACGACCGAGAAGCAGGUCUUCCACACCGACACGGGCGACGUCGUCGCCCUGUUUGCGCUCAGCGAGGCCGCCGACGGCGGCCAGAGCUACCUGUCGAGCAGCUGGCGCGUUUACAACGAGCUCGCAGCCACCCGGCCGGACCUCAUCCGCACGCUCGCUGAGCCGUGGGCUUUUGACACAUUCGGAACAGCAACCACGCCCUACACACUCACCCCCCUGCUACACCACCAACCCGCAACACCCACGGCCCCCGAGCGGCUGAUCAUCCAGUACGCGCGCCGCAGCUUCACGGGCUACUGGGGCUUGCCGCGGUCGGCCGACAUCCCGCCAAUCACGGAAGCGCAGGCUGAGGCACUCGACGCGCUGCACUUCGCGGCCGAGAGGGUCGCAGCGUCGCUCGACUUCCACCAGGGCGAUAUCCAGUACGCGAAUAACUUAAGCAUCUUCCAUGCGCGCGCCGCGUUUACGGAUUCCGCGGAGAAGCAACGCCACCUAAUCCGGCUCUGGCUGCGCGACCCCGAGUACGCGUGGGAGACGCCGGCGGCGCUGCGGGACCGCUGGGACCGCCUGUUCAAGGACGUCAGCCCGGACAAGUCCGUGUUUCCUCUCGAGCCACGCAUCAGGACGUCGGCGGGGAAGAAUGCGAGGAAGUGA